UCGACGGUAGCAGAGAAGCUAGAAAAUGAGUUGCCGACUUAUGGACGAGCUGGUCUACUAUUCGCUGCUUACUUUGGCUACCUAUCCUGUUUAAUAUAUUUGUUGGAGGUAUUCUUCUCAUCGUCUGAAAUCCGUGAACUAAUCCGUAAUAAGACCCCGGAAUUCGUAGAGGACCUGAGAGAACCGAAGUUGGUCUCCUCACGUGAUCCACGUGGAAGAACUGCAUUACAUUUGGCGUCAUGGAGGGGCCAUUACCAAUGUGUAGAAUAUUUGAUGGAGAAAGGGGUGGAACUGGAAGCGGCUGACGAUGAGGGUGCAACAGCUCUUAUGUAUGCAGUAAAGGAAGCGAACUCGGUGCACAUUGUUGAGUACCUUUUGAACAGUGGAGCAGAUGUAUCAAGGAAGGAUUGCAAUAACAAUACAGCGUUGCAUCAUUGCUGUUUGAGUAAAAACGAAGAUUGCGGCAAGGUGCUGGCGAAUCAUUUGGCCAAGUCUGAUCCGAAACGGGAAAUUUGUAAUGCUACCAACAAUAAUGGCGAAACGUGA